CUUCACCUUCACCUUUCCAAACCAACUUCACUUUUAGUCCCAGCAGCCAGGCAGGCACCCUUAGUCCCCUCCUUUUGUUGUCUUGAGCUCUGUAUUACCAUUACACUUUCUGUCACAACACUUGCUGAUAUUUUCUUGUCGUUAUGCAACCUGGCCUCUGUUCUUUGACAUGACUGGGUUUGAAAAGAAGGCUGCUGCGAGGUCGUCAUGGACAGAACUGCUAACGUCGAGAUAUUGGUGCAUGUCACAGCACCGUGCAAAACUGUCGACGAUGCACGCUACAGGACCCUGGCACAGGCAUAUCUUGACUUCAACCCGACGCAUCUUUCAAAAAUAAUAAGCAGAAUAUCGCCUGUUACUGGAGAAGAAGUUAUCCCUAGCUCACAGGCUGACUUCCCGGCACUGUCUGCGUGGUCUGAUGCACCACCACUACCAUCAUCGAUUCCCAGCAGUGAUGCGACAGAGCCUGCUACCUCGUCACCACUACCAUUACCAAUACCACCACCUCCUCAGUCUCAAUCAAUUUCAUUUACAUCAUUCCACUCCCAGGAGCUGUCAUUUAGAAGUGUCCUGGAUAACAGAAAUUCCCCUGGCCUGGCUCAGCCACUCACAGCAAGGGACGUUGUACUCUCAUCCCAACCAGAGGUGGAGUCGCAACAGGCUCAGAGCAGUUGGCAGGCUCCCCCAAGUGUCGUUGAUGAUUCCCAACCCCUGAACACUAUCAGUCUCAGAGAGUUCUCGUCUCCCAGUCGUUUAUUCGAACACCUGGCCUGCCAGUUUGACAGCCAAGCCGAUGGUGUAUCGCAGCCACUUUCGGAUUUUCAACAACGAAAUCCGGCUAUACCGUGGAAGUCAACAACAGCACUAGCGGGGGGGAAAGACGAGAAAUAUGAGGAUGAGGAUGAGGAUGAGGAUGAGGACGAUGGCCAGGUCGUUCUCGUGACAUCCAGCAGUUUGCCAAUGGUCAGCAGUGGAGCGACUCCGCGCCCUGCUUCUUCGGCAGAGAAUGUGGUCUUAAGCACACCUUUCCCUGUCUUCAGGCGGCCACCUUUACCAAGCUCAUCGUUCGAGCAAGUGAUACAGGACACGCCCUGUCAGCCCUCACGAAAGAGACCCAUGCCUUCAUCGCCCACCCGAGCCGCCUCCGAGUCUCUCUCGUCUAAACGGCACAGACGAUCUGCGCCCAUCUCUGAAUCGAGGUCGGUAAUCACCAGAAGCUCGUCAGAUGCCGUGGUCGUUCCAAGUGACCUCUAUCGCCCUAUACGCCCCCCGAAUGAGCGGCAUCUGAGCUACCUCGAACGUUUCGAGAUUCAUCCACUCGGUCCUCCAGUCGGGACCUCGGACUUGACCCCCGAUGACCUCCUGACGCCCAAGCUCCGCGAGCUAGCCCGCCAGCUCAAUAUCGCGAAGCGGUACUCCCCCGUUGAACAGAAACGGGCACUCCGGCCCUUCGAGCGAGGCUACUGGCAGCUGGAAUGGAGCGGCUGGCGGCCCACACUGCGCGAGCGCGCAUGGCACUUCCUCACGGAUUACAUUCUCGAGGGCUUCGCCGGCUGGGGGGUCUGGUGCAAGCGUGCCGAGGACUGGACCUGGCUACGUGUCUACUGCUGGGGCCACAUCGCAGGCCAUGUUUACCUGGCCCUAUACCUCGCGAGUGAGAGGGCGUUGAAGAAGGAGGCGGCGAGGUGGUUGGACGGCGCUGGUGAUGUCGUGGUCAUCACCCACGGACAUCAGAACUCCGAGUCCGGGGAGAGCAUGGACGACGGGUCGAAUGAUGGGACGGGAGACGGGACAUAGGAAGAGAGGCGUGCCAGGCAAAGUUUUCGUUUUUUCUUGUCUUUUUUCCUUGAAGGGGGGGGGGGGGGGGCUGACAGCGAGGCGUUUGGAUCGGAGCAGGGGCGCUUUGCUAGGCUGCAUCACGUCAAGUUGGGACAUACGGCGGCGCGCCACGAGGGUCAAACGUCGACGUGGAGAGAGGAACAGGGGUGUUUUGGUACUUUUUUUUUUUUUUGGAAUUUGAGCAGGUUGGAAAAUUAACUUUGGUCGCGGAACCUCUCUCUUUGUCAAUUGAUAUAUGAAACACAGUGUUGGACAGGCGCCAAUCCUUUCCGCAGUCCCUUUGCUCUUUCUCUCUCUCUCUCUCUCUCUGUCUCUCUCUCUCUCUCUCUCUCUCUCUCUCUCUCUCUCUCUGUGUGUGUGUGUGUGUGUGUGUGUGUGCAGGGCCUGAACACAGCAAAGCAAAGAUGAGGCUACGCUACCUCCACCUCCUUUCCAGACUUUGUCUCUUCUUUGUACAUAGUCGAUAGUCACUCGCUUAACUCAGAUUGUACAAUCCGCGCCUGUUUCGAUAGGAACCCCAAGAACAUGACGAUCUCUGCUC